AUGGAGGCGUCGAAUAGGCAGAGGAGCGUGGAGCUAAUCUGCACGGAGAGAGCCGGGUGCGACCCCCUGGACGGUACGGAGCACAGAGACAGCCACAAGGAUAGGAAAGAGCUCCUGCUGAGGGAACUGCACAACAUGAAAAUGAACCUAUUCGACAAUUCGCCCUUCUCAAAUUAUAUACACUUUUACGAAAUAUAUAAAAACUUGAAAUGUAUAGUGAAGUAUGAAAAGGAAGUGCCAAAAGGGACCUGGUUUUUACACCCAAUUGGGGAAAAAAAAACGUACAUUUUGUACCUUGUGUAUAUUCUCUUUUUACUGCUAAGUAUAUGUCUCCUAUUUCGCCUGCAGACAGUGCUUAGACUUCCCUGGGGGUUCAACACACAUUAUCACCCGUGUGAAAUUCACUUCCACGUUUUUUCAACUUUUUCCGUUUUGGCGUAUUGCCUGCUAAAUUUAUAUAUUAUUUUUUUUACAUACAAAAUGUUCCUUCACCAUGUGGAUGUCAUGUGCCUGAUCAUCCUGCAAAUGCUGUACAAUGUAUAUAUACGAGAGAAAAACAAAGAAAUAUAUAGGAACACAGAAACUCUCAUUGAGGGUUGUAAAAAGAUGUUUAGUCACUUGGACAAAAAAUUUGACCACAUGGUGCUACUCCACGCUGAUGAAGUUUUUAACAAAUUUACAAACAUCUUCAAGUACAUAAGUAGGGACAGCGACACGAACAGGGGAACAAUCGGCACACCAACCAAAUGUGGCGAGGUCUGCAUGGAAGUUGGGCACCGGAGGGAGAACGCGGGGCAGGCGGCCAAGGCCGCAAAGGUGGCAAAGGCGGAAAGGGGGAAGAAACCCAGGGGGGCGCCAAACAAACACGCCUCUGAUAACCAGUCAUGGGAGAGCAAUACGUAUACAGAUAAAGACGCCGCGCUGGGCACCACAAAACGUAGUGUCUCCGUAAUUAUAAAUAACGAUGACCUAUACGAAGAGUUGAAUGUUUUUCCCGGGGGAGAUAUGGCCAAUUACCACUGUGUGCACAUGGACAGCAAGAAUAUUUUCAACAUUUUUGGAAACUCGAUUUAUUCAAACAUUUACAACAUAAGCAACUACAUGAAGUAUAAUCACAACUACAUCCAUUCAUUAAUGAUUCAGAAAUGCAGCGAUAAAAUAAAUUACAUCAAGUACUUUUUUUUCUUCAUUCCGUAUGUAAUUAAUUUGUGUGUAAAUUUACUUAUAAAUUUUUAUAUCCUUUUCUCCGUGUAUUACUACAACAAUGCUGUUCCUUUGGUACCACCUUACGAGCUAGCCAAAAUGCACAUUUUAAAUUUGCGAAAUUAUAAAGGGAUAUAUUACAUCCUGUUCAUAUUUUUGUUCAAUUUUUUUUUUUUCCUGUAUGCUCUCUUCCUGUCCAAAUUAAAUAUCAUUCACGUCUUCCUCAAUCAGAUUUACAAGAAUUGCAAAUACGAGUCCAUUUACUACUGCGAGCAUGUCAUGAAUGAGAUUUAUGAAAAUUGCAUUUUUCCCCACAUUGUACAGAUAGUACUGAACAGAAAAGGCACCAACAGGAUGGGCCAUGAAGGGACCAAAGGAGUCGCCCUGUUGGACAAGAAAGCACCUGACCAGGCAAGGUGGAAAGGCGUAUCCCCAGACGCCUCUCAAGAUUACCAUGUCCUGGUGAAUAACCCAGGUGGAGGUUCGAACGAUGUUGCUAACAACCUCCACAGGAACAAAUCGCACGAUAUGAACUUUCGAAAAUGUCAAGAGGUAGAUUCCUUUUUUGGUAACAAGGAUUCCCACCGGGAGUAUGAUGUCUCCGAGUGCAUUAAGUAUUUCAGCAUGAGUUAA